AUGGGGGAAAUGGAACAGAUGAAGCAGGAGGCUGAGCAGCUGAAGAAGCAGAUUGCGGAUGCCCGGAAAGCCUGUGCAGACACAACGCUUGCUCAGAUCGUGUCUGGAAUGGAGGUUGUUGGACGCAUCCAGAUGCGGACCCGAAGGACCCUGCGGGGACACCUGGCCAAGAUCUACGCCUUGCACUGGUCCACGGACUCCAAACUUAUGGUCAGUGCCUCACAAGAUGGGAAACUGAUUGUGUGGGACACAUACACAACUAACAAGGUUCAUGCCAUCCCCUUGCGUUCCUCCUGGGUCAUGACCUGUGCCUAUGCCCCCUCUGGCAAUUUUGUGGCCUGUGGAGGCCUUGACAACAUGUGCUCCAUCUACAGCCUCAAGUCUCGUGAAGGCAACGUCAAAGUGAGCAGGGAGCUCUCAGCCCAUACAGGAUACCUCUCCUGCUGCCGAUUUCUUGAUGACAACAAUAUUGUGACUAGCUCUGGAGAUACCACAUGCGCGCUCUGGGACAUCGAGACGGGGCAGCAGAAGACUGUGUUCAUUGGUCACACUGGAGACUGCAUGAGCUUGGCCGUCUCCCCUGACUUCAAACUCUUCGUGUCUGGGGCUUGUGAUGCUACUGCCAAACUGUGGGAUGUGCGGGAGGGCUCCUGCCGUCAGACCUUCUCAGGGCACGAGUCCGACAUCAACGCCAUCUCCUUCUUCCCUAACGGCGAAGCCAUCUGCACCGGCUCCGACGACGCCACCUGCCGCCUCUUCGACCUGCGGGCGGACCAGGAGCUCAUCAUGUACUCCCACGAGACCAUCAUCUGCGGAAUCACCUCCAUCGCCCUCUCCCGCAGCGGGCGGCUCUUGUUCGCUGGGUAUGACGACUUCAACUGCAACAUCUGGGACUCCCUGAAAGCAGAGCGUGUGGGAAUCCUUUCUGGCCACGACAACAGAGUGAGCUGCCUGGGGGUGACGGCGGAUGGCAUGGCUGUUGCCACUGGCUCCUGGGACAGUUUCCUCAAGAUUUGGAACUGA